CGGACCUCCCUAUAUAUAUGCCAAUACUUUUUAUCAAGUUGUGUAACCUACGUAUAAUUCAACCUCUGUGUGAUUGUUUGAGAGUGAGAGAGAGAGAGAGAGAGAGAUGGACUUGUAUAGUGAACAAUAUGGUUUGCUGGAGGAGUUAUUAGGUCUAACAGGUGCAGUUGGAUUUAAUAAUGAGUUAUGCAGUGAUGAAUGGAUGAAUUUUCAUACUUUCACAAAUCCCGCAACCACUUCUUUUCAGGAUUCCUUUCUACCUGUUGAUCAGAGCCUGAAUUACUCAGCUUUCAAUGAAAUCUAUGAUUUGUCACCUCCACUUCAAUUCCCUCCUCUUUUCGGUAACGAUGAUAUUCUUCAUCAGAAUUCGGAUAUAUGUAAAUUUGAACAAUUUCCUGCACCCGAUCAGGUGCCCACUACUUUCAACAUGGGCACUCUAUUCUGUCCAAAAACAAAGAAGGUGAAGAAGCACAAUGGGCAGCCUUCCAAGAAUCUAAUGGCUGAAAGAAGGCGAAGGAAGCGCCUUAACGAUCGCCUUUCAAUGCUCAGAUCAAUUGUUCCCAAAAUAAGCAAGGCAAUUUUACCUUCCUUU